AGCUCAAUUUGUUUUGAAACUUCUCCAUUUCGCAUUACAUGUGCUGUUGGUUUUGCGAAUUUGUUCCGUGGAAAAAUCGUUGUUUUAGUUGAUAAUAUUGAUUUGCCUGGUUUAAAUACAAUUUUUCAGUAUGGCAGACGACGGUGGUUUUACUGAUAAGCAAAAGUCCCACAAGAAACGGCUUGCAGGUGUGAAAGCUGAUAAGAAGAAGGCUAAAAACAAACCGACGGAUAAAGGUAAAAAUGUGAAGGCUUUUGCCAUCACGAAGGCACGUAGUGCCGAAAAGCGCUUCCGCAGGAAAGAGGAUGUACUUACGAAGAAGCACCACAUCCCACUGGUAGACAAAACGCCGGAAGAACCUCCGCCGGUUUUGAUUGCAGUGGUUGGGCCACCCAAAGUGGGGAAAUCAACUUUGAUAAACAAUCUGAUCAAAAACUUUACCAGAACCAACGUAACAAACAUCAAUGGUCCGAUUACGAUAAUCACCUCGAAAAAGCGGAGGAUCACGCUGAUCGAAUGCAACAAUGAUAUUAACAGUAUGAUUGAUAUAGCAAAAUGUGCGGAUUUGGUUCUGCUGAUGGUGGAUGCCAGUUUUGGUUUCGAAAUGGAGAUAUUUGAAUUCCUGAACAUUUGCCAAGUGCACGGAAUGCCGAAGAUAAUGGGAAUUCUGACCCAUUUAGACACUAUAAAGACGGCCAAGGCAGUCAAGAUGCAGAAGAAGGUUCUCAAGCAUCGGUUUUGGACGGAGGUUUACGAUGGGGCGAAGCUUUUCUAUCUAUCCGGUUUAAUCCACGGAGAGUAUGUGAGAAAUGAAAUCAAGAACUUGGGAAGAUUCAUAUCCGUUAUGAAGUUUCGACCUCUUUCUUGGAGAGGAGCCCACAGUUACAUUCUGGCAGAUCGUAUGGAAGAUAUAACUAAUUCAGAGCAGAUUCGUCUGAACCCCAAAUGCGACCGGGACGUAGUUUUGUACGGUUACGUGCGAGGCGUCCCUCUAAAGAAGGAAAACAUGGUUCACGUAGCUGGCCUGGGUGACAUGAAAAUUGAAGAGCUGAAUGCCCUCCCGGAUCCAUGCCCUUUGCCAUCGACAGAGAAAAAGCGAAACCUUCUGGAAAAGGAACGUCUCCUAUAUGCCCCGAUGUCCGGCGUAGGAGGAAUCGUGUAUGACAAGGAUGCCGUCUACAUCGAACUGCAGGGAUCGCACAGUCACAAGAGAGCUGUGGAAAACACUGAACAACAGGAAUUAGUAAAAUCAGUUAUCGAGAAGAAGGAAACUCUGGAUGUGCAGAUUGAAAACCAAGAGUUCCGACUGUUCAGCGAUGGCGAUGUCAUCAAGUCGAGGGAGUUUCAGAUCGAUGAUGAUAAUUACAAUGAGGACAGCGAAAACGACGAAGAAAGCGAUCAAGAUUCUGGCGUUGAGGAGUCUGAUGAUGAAACAGGUGGCCCUUCACGCAUUGCACGAACUGGCUGGAAUCCAGAAGAUCAAUCGGAAGACGAAGACGAUGAUCACGAUGAGGAUGAUGAUGAGGACGACGAUGCGAAUGGUCUUUCAGAUGGGUACGGAACCAAAAAGUCAAGUGGAUUUCUUUCUUCUGAUGAAGAAGAUGGAAACAAUGAACGGGUGUCAAAUUCAAUGGCGUGGAAAGCAGGACUGGCAUCUAAGGCUAGAAACGAUUAUUUGGAGCGCCAAGCGACCAGCAAGAACCUCAUGAAAAUUGUGUAUGGAGUAUUCAGUAAGUUCAAGAAGGAUCGAGAACAAGAAGAAUUAGAAGAGGACGCUGAAAAUCAGGACGAUGAUUUGCUUGGAGGGCUGUUCAAGAGCGUAGCCCAAAAGCAAGCAGAGAUCUUGAAGAAGAAAACUGUUCAAGAUGUCGAUGAGGGUUGUUUUUUCGAGGAAUAUGCUGAUGGAGUGAGGGAUUGGACAGAGGACGAGAACAAGAAGUUGAUAAGGAACUGCUUUGUGACUGGAAAAUGGAAAGCUUCUGAGGAUGCUGAAGAGCUUCUAAAGUUGGAUGACAUGAGCGAUGGAGAUAGUGAAGUGUAUGGAGAUUUCGAAGAUUUGGAAACUGGCGAAAAACAUGCUGGUAAAUCUGACAAUGGUGGGCAAAACAAAGCAGAUGAAAAUACAGAUUCGAAGGAAGGUGAGAAUACACUCAAAAGAAAGUUGUCGAGAAUUGAGGAAAAGAACAUGUCUAGGACUGAACUGAUGGCUAAAAAGAUGAAGUUAAAGGCAAAGUUUGAUGCUGAGUACGAUAACCCCGAGAAAGAUGAUCAACAUAUAGAAGGAGAUCAUCAAUACUAUGAAAAACUGAAGGCUGAUGCCUUGCGACAAUCCGAGUUGAACAAGAAGGAAUUUUCCAAUCUUGACGAUGAAGUUCGACUGAACAUUGAAGGAUAUCGAGCAGGUCUUUUUGUAAGGCUAAACUUCAAAAAUGUGCCAAGUGAAUUUGUGGAUCAUUUCGAUGCUCAAUAUCCCGUGUUGAUAGGAGGGCUCAACAUGGCAGAGGAAAAUGUAGGCUACGUAACAUGCAAGGUGAAAAAGCAUCGAUGGUAUAAGAAAAUUCUUAAAGCGGGCGAUCCACUGAUCAUUUCUCUCGGCUGGCGACGCUUUCAGACUGUUCCAAUAUUUGCAAAGGUCGAAGACGAUUUGAAGCAUCGCUAUUUAAAAUACACGCCAAAUCAUGUAACAUGCAGUGUAACCUUUUGGGGACCAAUCACUCCGCAAAAUACGGGUAUUCUAGCGAUUCAAUCGAUUGCCUAUGAUCAACAAGAAACUAAACGACUUGGGUUCCGAGUAGCCGCAACUGGAGCCGUCAGCGAAAGUGACAAAUCUGCCCAGAUCAUGAAAAAACUCAAACUCAUCGGUACGCCGUACAAAAUUUACCAGAAAACAGCUUUCAUCCAGGGAAUGUUUAAUUCAACCCUUGAAGUAGCAAAAUUCGAAGGUGCAAAAAUAAAAACAGUAUCCGGAAUCCGAGGUCAAAUCAAGAAAGCUGUGCCCCCAGAGGGAAGCUUCCGUGCCACGUUCGAAGAUAGGAUCGUACUAAGCGAUAUAGUCUUCUGUCGCACGUGGUUCAAGGUGAACGUUCCGAAUUUCUAUGCGCCAGUCACAAAUCUGCUGCUUCCGCCAGAGAAGAAAAUAAAAUGGGUUGGCAUGAAGACGUUAUCCCAGUUGAAGCGCGAAAAUAACAUCCAAUUCGAAGCGAAAGAGGACAGCUCGUACAAGCCUAUCGAAAGGGAAGAUCUACAGUUCCGCCCGUUGGUGAUUCCUAAAAGCUUGCAAAAGGCGCUGCCCUACAAAGACAAACCUAAGCUUGGACCAAUCAAUCCUAAGAAACCGUUGGAUAGCGGACGCGUUGCAGUUGUCCACUCGCCCCAUGAGCAAAAGGUUAACAAAAUGAUGAAAAUGAUCAAAACUAACUUUGAAAAUAAAGAAGAGAAACGAAAACAACUCAAUAAACAGAAAUCGGAAAAAUACAAGAAGCAGAAAAUCGACAACGAUUUCCGGAAACUGCAACGUCAGAAGGAGCUGAAGAAGAAGGUGUUCAAAGCGAUCAGUAAGAUGGAAGCCAAACAUCAAAACAGUGCCGCUAAAGGAGGUGGCAAAAAUAAGUGAUUGGAUGUGUUUAAAUUUUAUUUUAUUGUUACUUUAAAUGCUCUUGCUGUAAAGUUAAAUAAAAAGCAAUUUAUCACAAUUUA